GUCCCGGGCGCGGCCGCUGCCGUCAGCUCAGAUGCACCGGGUCCAGCUGCAGCCACCGGCAGUGAGAGCUGCGGGGCCGGAGCCCCUGUGACGGCAGCAGCACACGGGGCCAUGCCUGCGGCAGGGCAGAUCCCGCUGUGCUCCGUGGCCACAUGGCUGCUCCUGCACGGCCUCCUCCUGGCCUCCCGUCCCCGUUGGGCCACAGCCUUCCCCAAGGGCUGCUACCCCGAGGAGGAGGAGGGGAUGAAGACCUUCCGCUGCAGCCACGCGCGGCUCACAGAGGUGCCCCGGGACAUCCCCAACGACACCAACAAACUCUACCUGGACUCCAACCGGAUCCCAUUCCUGCCCCGUGAUGCCUUCCGGGACCUGCCGGUGCUGCUGGAGCUGGAUCUGUCCCACAACGCCAUCACCGGCGUCGAGAGCGGAGCUUUCCGGGGCCUGGCCGAGCACCUCCGCUCCCUGGACCUGUCCUCCAACCGCCUGGUGUCCGUCAGCAAAGACGCCUUCAGCAACCUGAAGGCCAAGGUGAACCUGUCUGACAACCCCUGGCUGUGUGACUGCCGGCUCCAGGAGCUCAUCCGCAGCGUGGAGCUGGCAGCCGGCUCCUCCGCCAGCCUCGUCUGCGGCUCCUCGGCACAGGAGGAGCACGUGGGCAAAGCCUUCCUGCAGGUGAUGGCUGACACGGACCUGUGCAAUGGGUACAAGAAGACCACGGACGUCGCCAUGCUGGUCACCAUGUUCGGCUGGUUCGCUAUGGUCAUCUCCUACCUGGUGUACUACGUGCGGCAGAACCAGGAGGACGCCCGGCGGCACCUGGAGUAUCUCAAGUCCCUGCCCAGCAAGCAGCGGAGGUCGGAGGAGUCGUCCACCAUCAGCACCGUGGUGUGAGGCUCCGGCAGGACUCGGCUCACCGCGGCUGCCGGCACCGGUCACCGCACAGGAACGGGUGUGGGUUUGUCCGGUUCUCCUUGGGGAAGCAGCAUCCGGCUGUGGGAGCUCUGGUGCAGGAGAGGGGAAGCAGGGAUGGAGAUGGGCACUGAGCAUCCGGCCGGACCAGAGGGACCCACUUCAUUCCAAACCGGGUAUUUCCUUUGCAGAGAGCCCUUGGGCCAUUGGUGAUGUUCAUGGUUUAACCCCCCCCUGGCUGCCCAAGGGAUGGUCCCCAUGGCACAGGGCAGACGGUGCUGGGCUCCCUGCCUGCACCAGAGCAGUGUGGCCAUGGGGCCGGAGCCACCGGACCAAAGGGUGGUAACAAGAGGUGGGGAUGCAUUGGUUGGGAAAGGCAAGGGGCAGGUCCUGGGUACCCCUCUCCAGCUCUAGAGCUGGGUGGUGCUGCCCCAUCUCCCAUCCCAGCCCCUGCUGCUCCCCACUCCUUUCCUGGCACCCCUGGUCCAGGCGGAGCAAGGCACAGGGGGGGUCCCACUUGGCAAUGGGGCAGCCCAUGGGCAACCCCAGCACCUUCCCCCUUGGAGCACUAUGCUCUUACAAGAAGCAAAUG